CUGCUAACACGGUGUGUCCGCCACAGUUGUCCUAAGCAGGAAAAUGGAUGCUGGUGACGGAAGGUCCUGACAGUUUCCCCCCAAACCCGCAGUGUGUUGACAUGUAGUAAUGCUGGGAGCCAGCGCUGUGCUGCAGCAAUGGAGGAACCGUGGAAUUUAGAGUGCGUCUCUUAUGCUGUAGACUGCCUGCUGUCCUUCGUCACGGAGUUUGUUCAAGACUGGGACGGCAAUGAUAUGAGAGUGUCGAUCUUCAAAAUACUCCUGGGCUGGCUGCUGAUCAGCCUGGUAUCCAUUCACUUUGCAUGGAAAGUGUACGGGAUCACUGUCAACGACAUGUACCACCGGCAAGGCACUGCUGGCCAGAAUGGAGGCACCCCAGAGACAGCAACAAAUUUCAGCGGCUGGGAGAGUUCUGCCGGGGACGGCUCCAAACCACGACGGGAGUGAGGAGCUUGCUGUGACCCGCCGCGCCUGUGUGACCAAUCAGAUUGUAGCGCCUUGCAUCUCAACCAGUCACAUCUGAAGGAGGGUGUUCAGAGACAUGUGGCCCCCCCCCUUGGCUCAUAAAUGUAGCACUUUGCAUUUUGUGUGUUUUUUUUAAAAAACAGAACAGGUUUAAACUGGGGCACCAGAGGAAGCAACGAAUCCCAAGCCAUCCUGACCUAACUAACUGGAUAUUUAUUGUAUGCAGGCUAAUUCUGUGACACAGUUUAAUUCCGCUUGCAGCCUCUGACUUCGCUUCUCCAGCAAUGUCUGCAUCUGCUCUUCAUUGCAAUGUAUGGUUUUUACAUUUAUUUUUAUCCCUAACUGAUAUUCGUAGGAACCCGUUAAAUACCAAAUGAAAUGCUCCUUGAAGAAAUCCGAACACAAGCUUAUUUAAGUAAGCUGAUGCAUUACAUUUAGACUUAACUUUUGCAGUUAACUAAAUUAUUGUCAGUUAUCAUAACAAUU